GGCUGAAUGCUCUGAAAGGUUUGGAUCUCGAUGUCAUUGGUUACAGCACUAAUGUGGAUGGAGCAGCCGUCUCAUCAACAUAGGGAGUUCCCAUUAUCCGAGUUUAGAUCGUUUGACUAAAGGAGGAGCCAUGGAAGCUAAUGGAUGUCAUGUUGAGCAAGCGGAUGCUGAUGUAUUAUUGCCUCCUCGGAAGCGUUUGCUUGCCGGGCUAAAGAAACAGAACUCAGAUGCCAAGGGGGCCUUGCAUGUUUCUUCAACUGCCGUGCCUCCUUCAUCGUCAUUGAGUGCAUUUGAUGCCCAUCUGAACAGUUUAUUAGGUGUUCAUAGCAAUCCAAACCUUUCACCGGAGGAAAUCGUGGAGGCCUCAAAAUCGGCGGCUUUAGCCGCAGCCAAGAUUGCAAAAGCUGCUAGAGCAGCUGCUGAAGAGAAGGCGGCCAUUGCAGCUAAGGCAGUUGCUGCAGCCAAGAGCGCUUUGGAUCUAGUGGCAUCUUUCUCCAACGAGGCAAAUCACAAACAGAUGUCUCUCAAGAGGAACAAGCUGAAGAAGCGCGUUCCAGUUCACUCACUGUACAAAAGGAACAGGCUGAUUUCAAAUUGCAAGACGGACGAAGAACUGGCUCGGAGACUGCACCGAGUCAUGAACAGCUCGUCGAGAAACAAUGUACCAACUGCACAUAGAACUAAAUGAUCAAUACGAUUCCCGAAUCAAGGAACUAGUCUUUGUGUAGCGGUCCUCCCAUGUCAUUUGCUGUUUGUAAGGGUUGCAGAUUCAUCUUUGCUUUACAAUUAUAGGACCUGAGUUUCAUCCCCAUAGUAAACCCAGUGUGAACAAAACCGAUACGUACUCCAUAUUGUCCCACGCUAUUUUCUUUGUGAAUU